AUGUCCAUAUUGUUUCAGUGUGGUGACGUAGAUUUUGUUCUUCAGAACAUGAUGUGUUUGUUCAGUGUUCAAUGGCGGCUAGACGUUUGAUAGUGAAAUCAAAUUUAAUCGAAAGCUCUUCAUAUAGAUUUCUAGGGAUUUCUGAGGAUUAUUCAGUCAAAAUUAUAUAACAACAAAACACUGGAAAUGAAAAAAUGAACUAUAUUAUAGUGACAUUUCCUCCAGAUGAGCUAAUCGAAUGUAGUAGGCGUUAUAUCUGAAAAAGCACGGUUGGCAACACUGUACCCUUUCUGCGCACUGACGUUUCUCGCAACCCCAACAUGUUUUGAACAUAACGAGCUACAUUCGCGCCUUCCACAACAAUUCGCAACCUGUGCCAACCCUUCUUCCCGCAAUGUCGAAACGAGAACGCGAAUACAAACGAAAAAGACAAGAAGAACAAGAAGCCGCCGCACACGUUUUCCAAGAUUUCAUCGAAACCUUCCAGAAUCCCACGUCUACUAUCGGAAAUAAAACUUUCGUGCGUUCGGGCGUGUUAUAUUCCGAAAAAAAUGACGAGAACGUAGGGCAAAUUUACCAGCCCAAACCGGUGAUCAAGCAAGAAAAGGUUGACAUAAGCACCAGCGCUAUUGAAUGCGCAAAAAUUCUCAAAGGCAACGUACCCGAAAAGACGAAGAAGCAGGAGAAACCCAAGUCGAAUUUGGAACUUUUAAAAGAGGAAUUGAAAUUGAGACACAGCGAUUGUGCCGAAAAAGGGAGGCUGAAGGAGGAGUUCGACUUACCAUCCCCAGCGUUGAGUUAUUUUGAAGGUGGCGAUCCAAAUUCUACGAACCUUUUUGUUGCGAACCUGCGUUCUAAUGUCACCGAGAAUCAUUUGAUGGUGGAAUUCGGCGCAUUCGGUCCUUUGGCAAGCGUCAAGAUAAUGUGGCCGAGAGGCGAUGAGAAAGUCAGGAAUUCCAACUGCGGAUUCGUCGCAUUUAUGAGCAGGAAGGAUGCCGAAAGGGCGUUGAAGGCUAACAAAAACCGCGAAGACAUGAGAGUAGGCUGGGGCAAGUCAGUUGAAAUUCCCGCUCACCCAAUCUACAUCCCCAACGAGCUCCUCAAACACUUCCUACCGCCUCCCCACACUGGCCUACCUUUCAAUGCCCAGCCACCCACCGACUUCAAACACCCUCGAAACGAAGAAGAAUACGAGGCCUUUCUUCCCUUCUGCUCGAUCAAAGUCACUAUACCGCUCAACAAGAAGGUACUCUCGCUCGUACACCGUAUGGUAGAGUUCGUCGUCAGAGAAGGACCCAUGUUCGAAGCUUUCAUCAUGAAUAAGGAGCUGAGGAACCCGGACUACAACUUCCUCUUCGACUGCCAGUCGCCCGUCCACGUCUACUACCGCUGGAAAGUGUUCUCGAUCUUGAACGGAGACUGCCAGAAGAGCUGGUCGAUGAAGAAGUUCCGUAUGUUCGAAGGCGGCUCCGUGUGGAUCCCUCCGACGGCUAUAAACUUCGCGGAUGGCAUGCCGGAGGAACUGAUCCGAAAGGAAGAUUUCCAGGCAGAGACAAGACUUUCAGAGACCCAGUGCGGCCGCCUCAUAGACCUGAUUCGAAACUUAUCGAUGCAGCGGUCCAAAAUCGCCGAAGCCAUGCUCUUCUGCAUGAACCACAAGAGCGCGAUUGACGACGCUCUCGAAGUAAUCUUCGAGUCGCUUACUGACCUUAAAACAAACCCCUUGAAGAAGAUUGCAAGGCUGUACCUGCUUUCCGAUAUCAUGCACAACUGCAAGUCGAAGAGAAUGAAGCUCAAGGUCGACGAAAACAGCGACGAGGAACUACUCAACUUAUUCAAGGCUUUGCGUGAAACUCACGAAAGCAUCAAGUACUCCGCGGACAGGAACAACUUCAAAACACGAAUUAUGCGCGUGCUCCGCCACUGGGAUACGUAUAAGCUCGUUUCCGAGGAUACCCUGAAAAAGAUCGAAACUUCGUUUCCGACCAGCAGGAGCGACAUCUUUGACGACGACAAUUCAAGCAUCGACGAGCCUCUAGACGGGGCUAAUUUGCUCAAGAGGUCUCUGGUGGGCGAGAUGGGACCGGAAGUGGUAACCCUGGACGAUCCCAACUGGAAUAGGGACCAGAAGACGCAAGAGAAGAAUAUAAUGGAGUACUUCGUGCCGUCUAAAUGGGAUACGGUCGAUCCCGAGGAGGUGGAGGCUCAGGCGAUGUCAACGGAGAAAUUGUACUAUAUGGAGCUGGAGAGCAAGCUAAAGAAGAGCCGGGAAGACGAGAAGAAGAGAAAGAAAAAGAAGAAAAAGUCACGUUCCUGAAUGGAUGAAUGGAUAUUUGUUGGUCUUUGCAUAUUUACUUUUAGUUUCGUUGAUGUUUCACAUCAAUUAUGUUCCUAUUUAUAUCGAAUUAUGCAUUAAACUUAUAAGUUCAACCUCGA